GAAUUGUGUUUUUUUUUUAGGGAAAACAGCUGAUACCAACGUUUUGUAAACACCCAUACGUUCUGCGAAUAACUGUGCGUCUGAUAUACUAUAAAUGUUUUACACGUCAAAUGCAACGUAACGAUGAUUUCGGAAAUAUCCGCAUCGUAUGACAUUUCUCUUUGUCAUCAUUGCAAUGGGCUAUUUUUGGAACAAAUUAUUUAGAAAUCGUUCAACUCGGUAAUCAAACAGCUGAUGUUCUAAGGAAUUUUUUUUAAAUUUAGAACAAAACACGAGACUCAUGUCGAGAAUUCACUGCACAUUGUAAUUUGAGUUAAAACAGUCUAUUUGGUUGAUGUCUUUCAUCAAUAUUCUAGUCACAACCUACUCAGGAAAUGGCCUGAUGAUAAAAAUUUGGGAAUUCCCUAUAAAUUCGAGCCUCACGCACCAAAGUUCGUUAGUACAUGUUUUCGAGUGCAACGUUUUUGUUUCCGUUUCGACGUGAAAAAUGUUCCAAGUGUUUAUUUGCUUGUUUGUUCUGAGUGCGAUUGUGAGCGCCAGUGACAGUCAAACGGACUUUAGCGGACGUAGCAGCCAAACGGAGCGUGACUAUUUCGAAAAUGAGUUUACAUUGGGCGAUGAACGUGAAAAUGAUCGAAAUGCAAUGAAAUCGGCUGCAAGUAAGUGGCCACACGGUAUAAUCCCAUAUCGAUUCGAUGAGAACUAUAUUGAAAAGGACAGAGCGUGCAUUUUGCAUGCCAUGGAAGUAUUUCGCAAAGAGACAUGCAUAAAAUUCCUAUUUAAACGUAGCAAUCAAACAGAGUAUAUACAAUUCAAGAAAUCCGAUUCGGGUUGCGGCACAUUAGUUGGCUACAAAGGCGAACAAUCCAAUCCGAUUGAUGUAUUUCUUUCCGAGAAAUGUUUAAGUUCACCCGGAGCCAUUCAACAUGAACUGUUGCACAUUAUGGGACUGUGGCAUGAGCAAUCAAGACCUGACCGUGAUGAAUACGUCGACAUCAUCUUCGAUAACAUUCAACCGAAUCAUCAACACAACUUCGCAAAAAAGGAUAGUGAUUUAGUGGAAACAUUCAAUUUGCCAUACGACUAUGACAGUCUGAUGCAUUAUCCAAAUAACGCAUUCGCCAAACCGGGAACAAAUGUCACCAUUGUUGCAAAAAACGAUCCGAAUCGUAAACUAGGCCAAAUCAACGGCCCGAGUAGAUAUGAUCUUGAAAAAGUUCGACGAAUGUACGAUUGCCGAUGAAAUUUUCAAACAAAAAAUUUUGAAAAAAACAUGACUUGCAUUGUAUUAUGUAAUUAAUCCGCAAAAUACAAUCGUCAAGCGAUGCCGGCACAAAGAUAACCAAUACUAAACAACGUGCGUUACGCCUUGCACAUUGCAUAUAAGAAGAUAUAUAUUUUGUAUACGUAUACAUACCAUAGAAUGUAUUAUCUAUGUAGUAGUCAAAGCGCCAAUGUUUCAUUUGAAUUUGAUACCAAAAAAAUGCAUUUUCCGUGAUCUGAAUAAAAAAUGAGGUUCAUUACCAUUGAA